ACAAAAAAAGAAAACCCCAGAAAAAUCUUUCUUCUGUCCAUUAUAUUACACCAUUGUCUCAUCUUCAGAUCAUCAUAUCUAAAAACUUAAAAAGAAAAAAAAGCUCACACCUAUUGUAACAAAAAAUGGAUCCAAAUAGUAACAACACCAAAUCCAUAAAGAGAAAAGUUGUCGACCAACUCGUCCAAGGCUACGAGUUCGCUACUCAGCUUCAGCUUCUCCUCUCUCAUCAACAUUCAAGUCAGUACAUCAGUCAGACCCGUAUUGUUUCUGGCGAUCUGGAUCCAGUUGAUGAGCUCAUCGCUAAGAUCUUGAGUUCUUUCCACAAAACCAUAUCGGUUCUUGAUUCUUGUGACUCCGUCCCUAUGGCCAUUGAGGGUUCACCGAAUGCUUCACGUGGUGAUGAUUUGGCGGCUCCUGUGAGUUGCAACGGUGGAGAUUCCGGGGAUAGUAGGAAGAGACUUGGGGUUGGUAAGGGCAAAAGAGGAUGCUACACUAGAAAAAAGAGAUGGCAUACUUGGACUGUGGAAGCUAGUAGAAUCGAUGAAGACAAAUAUGCUUGGAGGAAAUAUGGACAAAAAGAGAUUCUUAAUUCCAAAUUCCCAAGAAGUUACUUUAGAUGCACACACAAGCAAACACGAGGAUGCAAAGCAACGAAGCUAGUUCAAAAACAAGAGCAAGACCCUAGUUUAUUUCAAAUCACAUACAUUGGCCACCACACAUGUAAUGUUAGCGACCAAACACACGCAAAUACCGAGCCUAAUGAUCACGGAGUAGUCAUGGAUUCGGACAACGCAUUGGCUGCAACCAUUGCUCAAGACCAUGUUAAUGCAAAUAUACAAGAGCAAGAGCAAGAGAACGACAUCAGUAGUCUGAUUGUAGUAGGUGCAGGCAUGGUGAAGGAGGAGGACAAUAACAAUGGUGAUCAGAAUAAAAACUAUUGUGAGGGUUCUUCCGUAGAUGGUGAUUUGUCAUUGGCUUGGCAAGACGUGAUGAUGAUGUUUGAUGAUCAUCAACAUCAUCAGAAUCAUUACUAUCAAGGUGAAACUAGUACUGCUUCUCAUCAGUUCUCUUUCAUUGACAACGAUCAACUCUUCUCCUUACUCGAUCCAUACUGCCCUUACGAAGGAUCAAAUGCCAUAUGAACAUUCAAAUCCGAAUUGAUAUAUCGUAAUUAGGCUAAUAAUCUUUUCUCAUCCUCUCUCUUUGAGUAUGUUUAGUGAAAUGUAAUAUUUUUGUUGUAUUUUUGAUAAAGUACCAUAUGGCAUAUAUAAUUAUGUUUCUAC